AUGGAAGCCAGUCUUCUCAUGCAGCAGUGUUACACGGGCACGAUGGGGGAGGCACCAGACUCGGUCUCUGUCUUUGCACCAUUCUGCUGGUUCAGCAGUGAUGGGACAUCUGUGGCUCUCAGAUUUGGCCACUGGGGCAUGGGGGAGGCUCCAGAUGAAUCUGUAGUAUCUCUGGGGCUGCACACAGGUGCCACAUUUGAUUCUGAAGUCCCAAGACGAAGAGGGAAUAAAUACCAGCACAAGAAGAGCUCCUGCGUGAAGACUUUCCUCCCCACCUUCCACAGGAGCAGCAUUUCUCUCUAUCUCCUGUGGGCACCCCUCCUCCUAAGACACGGCUUCCGCAUUCUCUGUACACUCGGAGUGAACUCUCAGGCGCCUCAAGGUUCUGGCUUGCUCCCGACGGCACGCUUGCUAAGGCGCAUAGGGGUGCUGAUCACGCCUCCCACUGAGUAUAAAUUAGAAAUAGACACUGGAAUUGAACAGAUAAAGAUCAAAAGGUCAGCUUUAUUUCCAGCAAAUGUAUGUUGGAGAGUAGACCUCGGACCUCGACUGCAGUCAGCCUUCCUCACAGCCCCCACCUACUGGGAUUCAUCUGACACGGGACGAGGUGCGGGAGGCGCGGUGGCCGGGGGCGCCUGGCUUCCCCAACCGCGCUGCCUGCAACGGCGCGACGUCCUGGGCUCAGCCUCUCGUCCCGACCCCGCAUCGGAGCCCCGUCGGGUCCUGGAGGAGGAAACAAUCUGCUUGGUUCGCCUCCAGGAGCCCGAGGGGAGGGGCCGCCUUUGUGUCCUCUCCUGUCUCCGUCAAGCCAUAUGCAACUGGCAGCCGCCACGCUCCUCCCCGGGGGAAGAGGAGAAGCAGCGCCGGAUUCCUGCAUGGAAGGGCCCAUGCGGGGGCACCGGGGGCCUGGACUCCCACCCCGGGGAGCUGGGCUCAGGCCGCCCCUCGCGCCUCCCUGCCCCGAGGCUGCGAGGGGACAGGGGCACGGGCCUCGGAGGCACCUGGGGAGGAUGCCCCAUCCCAGGUGGCACCCUGGGCUCCUCAGUGACCCGAGCGCUUGGCAAGACCCGCUCUCUAAUUUCUUUCAAGAGCAGAAAACGGUGCUGCCGGGUGACGGAAGAGACGAGCCGACGGAGCGGAGGGUUCAGGAGGCCUGAGAUGACUCUCCAGUGUCCCCUCCCGUUAAGCUUCUCCGAGAGACAAGGGGCAGGGAAUGAAAACGAGCCCAUGGUUCCGGCAGCUUGGGGAGUGAAAGGCCAGACCACCUGCUGAGAGGAGACCAAAACAUGGACUAAUUUCAUGCAAAGAAUGCCUAAAAGAAACAUUUUCAUUAGGAUGCACCUUGCACCACCGAGGUACAGGGCUUACCGAGACACACGGCAGGGGCAGGACGGGUUUUUAAAGGCAACGGGACAGCCGGAAAAACAAAGACCUGGGCCUAAGGGCAAAGAGACUGCAGAUGAACGCGUAUAAUAAGGUUAUACUGAGACCGAGAUGGGGCCACCAAUUAGGCCCCGAGCUUCCAGCAGGCCAAAGCAGAAAGGGAAAUAUUAUGUUACCAAAUGUAUAUCUUUCAUGAGGAACCCCCUACUGCUACCAGUUCCUCAUCCUUUUUUAUCAUAAGAUUCAUAAGCAUGGAUAAUUAUCUUCAGGAAGAGAAUACUUAGGGAGUUUCACUACGGCCUCUUUCAAGUAUUUGAUGGGCUGCCAAGUACAAAAAGGAAAGAUUGCUUUGGGUAAUUCCAAACCACAAAACUAGAAUCAAUGAGUGUAAGUUAAAGGGAACAGAUUUUGGUUAAAAAUAAAGAACUUUCUAACAAUUAGAGUUGUCCAUAAAUGGAAUGAGCUGUCUGGCAAAGAAGUGAGCUCCCUGUUACUGGAAGUGAUCAAACAGAGGCUGGCUAACCAUCUGUUAAGGAUAAAAAGGAUUUGUACAUAAUGAGAGAAUUAUGCAACAACAUAAUACAAGGCUCUUCAUGACAGUUUUAUUUAUAAUAGUAGGAAAGAAAAUAGAAUCAACCUAAAUGUCCAACAAUAGGGGAUUAGAUUAUUAUGGUACUCUUAUCUGAUUUAUUUUAUUUUAUUUUUUACAGAUUUUACAGAUGUUAAAAAUCAAUAAAAUGAUGACAUGGGAAAUGCUUAGAAUCUAUUACUAGGUGGAAAAAAAAAACAGGCGACUGUAGCGUAUAUAUCGUGAUGCCAUUUUGUAAAAAAUAUUUGUGUUUGGACAAAUAACACUAAAAAGUACAUAGGUGAAAACAUUAAUGGUGAUUACCAUUAGUGUUUGAAUUAUGGGUGAUUUUUCUCCUCUGGGCUUCUCAGGGUUUUCCUGGUUUUCUAUGUUGAGCACUUACUACUUAUGUAA